AACGAGAGAGAGAGAGAGAGAGGAAGCUCCGCGGCGUUCCGCACCGCUCUCGUGCCCUCUAACUGCCUAUAUUCUUAUCAUUCCCAAAAUACCCCUCCUCCGCUACUCUCUCUUCCCCGUCUCCGCCUCACCAUGACUCUUCCCGAAAAGCCCCUCCUCAAACCUUUCCUCCUCCUCCUCUCACUCUCCUUCCUCCUCCUUCUCCUCCUCCCCCUCCUCAUCCCUUCCCAUCGCCGUUCCUCCUCCCCCUCCGCCGCCGCCGGGGGUGGCGCCGCCACUCCGCUCCUCCGAAUCCGGCCGAGCUACAAAUCCUACGACGACUACAUCAAACACCAGCUCAACAAGACCCUCAACCCCCGCCUCCGCCGCGUCUGGGCCACCCGCGACUGGGACCGCAAAGUCCUCGUCUUCGCCCGCUUCUUCUCCGACUUGAAAUCCGAAGGCCUCCUCUCGAACAGCUCCCGCGCCCUCUGCAUCGGCGCCCGCCUCGGCCAGGAGGUCGCCGCCCUCCGCCGGGUCGGCGUUGCCGACUCCGUCGGCAUGGACCUCGUCCCAGCCCCGCCUCUCGUCGUCGCCGGCGACUUCCACUCCCAGCCCUUUCCCAACGCCUCCUUCGACUUCGAGUUCUCCAACGUGUUCGACCACGCCCUCUACCCCGACCGCUUCGCCGCCGAGAUCGAGCGCACCCUCCGCCCCGGCGGCGUCGCCGUCCUCCACGUCGCCCUCCACCGCCGCGGCGAUAAGUACUCCGCCAACGACCUUUUCGGCGUCGACGGCGUCGUCGGCCUCUUCAAACAAUCCGACCUCGUCCGGGUCUCCAAGGUCGAUGGCUUCGGCCUCGACACCGAGGUCGUCCUCCGGAGGAAAAAAAGCUCUUCUUUGGCAUAAAAUCUGGGCUGCAAUAAUCUCAUUAGCAUUCUCAUGUGCGUGUGAAACGCCGGUACAA